AUGGCCACCACGCAAUCAUACGACGACUCGUCACCUUACAUCUCAUAUGUCGGAGACUGGGAUCUGCAACAGGAUUCCGACCCAUUCCUUGGUCGAUACAAAAACUCCACUUUCCACUCAACGACCAACAAUGGAGAUACAGCUGUGAUCGUGUUUGUGGGGACGGAUAUACAGGUGUAUGGAGCUAAGAGGCCUAACCACGGCUUCCUAUCAGGCCUAAUAGAUGGUGGCGAGAAGCAAUAUGUGAAUGGAACAGCGAGGGAUCCAGAACUGUACCAACAAAUCCUGUUCGAAGCUCAUGGAUUGGAGAACAAGACGCAUACGGUGAUAAUGACAAAUGAGCCAUUCUACGAUACUGGUGUGGGUGGUAUAUGGCUGGAUAUCGACUUCUUCUCGGUCAACGGUACACCCAUAGCCUCCGAGUCCAGUUCGAACUCGGGACAGACCACAGAGCCAUCAGGAAACUCAAUAGCAUAUACUGGAACAGCGACUUUCCAGACCGUUCCUCCAUCCGGUGUAGAACCAUAUUCCGUCGCCGGUAGUCCCACCAUGGUACAACUGGCGGUCAGCGUUGCUCCUUCCUUACUAGACAAUCAAAGACCAAUAAUGGACAAAAUCGCAAAUUCAUCUCCAACUUCCCUAUCAACGAAUUUUCAUCUUUCUCUCUCGCUAGGAAUGCUGUUCGCUCAUACGAUAUUGAAUCGAUUCGGAAGGGAAUGA